UCAUAUCUGACAGUCUACUUCGCCGUACGACAUAAGGAAACAAAUGGAUCUUUCUUUCUUUAUCAAACAAUUGUAUUUGUUUUAAUCCUCCCAUUUCCUAGCUUGCAGGAGGCAAGAAGGAGAGAGAGAUGGAGAUGGGGAUGAAAUCUUGGCUGCUAAAAUUACUACCAUUUGCAGCUAUGGUGAUGAUAGAAUGUCUUGAUACAGGUUUGACCACAAUAAGCAAAGCAGCCAUGUCUAAAGAAAUGAGCCACUUUGUUUUUGUUGUCUACUCUAAUGGUCUUGCCACUCUAAUUAUGUUCCCUGUGGCUUUCUUCUUCAACAGAACAAAGAGGCCACCAAUCACCUUCGCUCUCCUCUGCAAAUUCUUCCUCCUCAGCCUUGUUGGGAUAACUAUGAUGCAGAACUGUGUGUUCACUGGUAUAAGCUACAGUUCUCCUACUCUUGCUUCUGCUUUAGGCCAAUUAAUCCCUGCCUUUACUUUUGUUCUUGCAGUCAUAUUCAGGAUGGAGAAGUUAGAUUUGAGAAGCUCAAAAAGCCAGAUAAAAAUUAUGAGCACAUUGGUGUCAAUUUCCGGAGCAUUAACUAUAAUCCUUUAUAAAGGAUCUCCAAUAGGUGCCAAAACCUUACCACCACAUCCAGAACUACACCCUUCCACUUUCUCGGCAGCAACAAACUCCUGGAUCAUCGGAGGACUCUUCAUUGCAACUGCUGGUUUAUGUAUUGCAAUAUGUAAUACUUUUCAGGCAGCAAUUCUUAAAGAUUACUCAUCAAGGAUGACCCUGGUCUUUUUCUAUUGCCUAUUUGGCACUAUCCAAUGUGCAAUGGUUUCUUUGGUUGCUGAGAAGAACCCAAAUGCCUGGAAACUUGGGCAUGAUAUUGAGCUCCUCUCUAUACUCUACUCGGCUGUAUUUGGAAGUGUGGUGACAUCUUGUAUAGUAACGUGGUGCAUCCAGAAGAAAGGGCCUGUUUUUGUUGCCAUGUUCAAGCCCUUGGGCAUAGCCAUUGCUGCCUUUUUGGGCGUCAUAUUCCUAGGAGACACACUUCAUGUUGGAAGUAUUAUUGGAGCAGUCAUAAUUGUAGUUGGGUUCUAUGGAGUAAUAUGGGCAGAGUCUAAAGAAGAGGAACAAUAUAAAGUGCACAAAGUUACCGAGCAGAGGGCUCCUCUCUUGGAGAGCCAUGCCAUUACCAAUGUGUAAAUUAAUGCAAAUCACAAUUUGUAGGUAUGCUAUAAUAAUAGCUCUCAUCUGUAUGGUUUGUUGGAAAAGAGCUCAUGAAAUCCAUGCAGUAAGGCAUUUUUAUUUUGUUUCU